CAUUACGCUCUAAAACCCUUUUUUCUUCAUCGAUAUACAAUGUCGGCGUGCGGAAAUCCUGCUACGGAAACAGAUGUACUCAUGGAGCGUCGACCAAAGUUCGACAAAUCAAGGGAUUGUGUAAAAUGCAAGACGAACCGAGGAAACAUUGUUAUACGGCAUGCUGUAUAUUGCAAGGAAUGCUUUACACCUCUCGUCUCCUUCAAAUUCCGACGGUCACUGGAACCUUUCGUGAACGAGCUACCUCAGGGCCCGCGGCGGAAGGCAUUGAAGGCAUCGGGUGACCUUCUUCUGGCAUUUUCAGGUGGAUUGGGCUCGACGGUGCUGUUGGAUCUCGCGUAUCAGGCCUAUUUUGCGAAUCGCCACGAGGAAGACAGGACCGAGAAUCAGCAAGGCGGAAAAGAUCAUCCGCGCAACGCCCCCAUAUGGCCGAAGGGUAGUAUAUGCUAUGUCGAAAUAUGCAGCGCGUUUCCUGGGAUGAAAGACAGGACGGAAAAAAUUCGCACAGCCAUAGCAAGUUACGGAUCCCUGGAUUUUAUUCCGUUGCGUUUGGAGGAUGCUUUUGAUAAUUCUUGGUGGGAGUCUGUUGGCGGAAGGCCCUCUCCUUCAGACCUGGAGGUCGACCUCUCAAACGAAGAAAUCUUCAUAUCAUUUUUUUCCAAAGAGACGAUCGUAGAUCCAGUUACCUCUCUUCGGACCUUUCUAUCAAAUCUCCCGACACAUACUGCGAUAUCACGGGCCGUACCGACACUAGUACGGAUAUUACUUUUGUACACCGCCCGUUCAACGGGGUCAUCACAUCUCCUUCUGGGCACAUCUCUGACUUCGCUUUCAGUAUCUCUCAUCUCGGCUAUAUCGCAGGGCGCUGGCUUUACUGUUCGUGAGGAGGCACAAGAAGAAUGGGCAUCUUUGGACGUACCGUCGCCUACCCGAAAGUCUGUCCGUGUAAUCAGACCAUUGAGAGACAUAGGCAUGAAGGAAUGCGCCAUCUUAUGUUGGUGGCGUAAUUUAAACGUUAUCGGGAAAGAAAAGAUUCCUGGCGGAAAGGAGGACAUCGCUAAUUUGACGAAAGACUUCAUUGUAGGCCUUGAAAAAGACUACCCUUCAACCGUUUCCACCAUUGCACGAACUUGCGGAAAACUUAUACCUAAGGCGGGAUCUGCUCGGAAGUGUAUACUUUGUGAACAACCUGUGCAGCAAGGUAUACAAGAUUGGAAGUCACGUACAUCAAUACGGACCUUAGAUGCUGCCGAAACGACAAGCGAUGUCAUUGAGCAUUCCCGAUUCAUAUCACCUUAUCUCUGCUAUGCAUGUCACACGACUUUUACUAGUCGAAGUAGUCGCGGUAGCAUGCAAUCUGGGACCACUUCGGUGCGGCUGCCUGUAUGGACAGGACAGCACUUGAUGGAUGCGCAGUGGGAAGGUACGAACGGCGACGGUGGCCAUGAACAAAAAAACGAGGUUUGGGAGAAAAGGCGUGCCAAGGAAGAGGAUAUGAAAAAUAUCAUUGGGGAUUUUCUGUUAGGAGACACAAGUACAUAAAUGAUCAACACCGUGUGAACCGUUUAUCUAAUUUCUGCCGGCC